AUGGGGGUGCAAACCGAUCCCAAGAAAAUGUUCCAGAUUGAAAAGGAAGCAGUAGUGAUUGGUUUAGCAGGUCACGUAUCUGCUUUAGCUCUCGGUGGUGCAAUCUUAAAUGUUUUUAGAGUAAUCAACCCUGAGGCAACUUCAGACCCUAGUGUUGAAGUUUUAGUGAUAUCAUCUUCUGUGACUGCAUUUCCUGUUAUUAGUAGCUUCCUAAGUGAGAUGAAUAUCAGUAAUUCAGAGGUUGGACGCAUGGCUUUGUCCACUUCCAUGGUCAGUGAUUCGUGCAUGUGGAUAUUGUAUUUUGUGGGAAUCAAUGCAGCUAAUGCAUUUAAACUACACACAUAUAAACCAAUUACAGAAAUAGUUGUAUCACUAUGUUUUUACUCCAUUUUGUUCUUCUUUCUAAGGCCAUUGGUUGUAUGGAUCUCCAGUCGUAAUCCACAAGGAAAACCUAUGAGAGAAAGCCAUUUUGUGUCAAUCAUUUGUAUACUUCUGGUUGUUGGAUUCUGUGCAAGUCUUACAGGACAACCUCCUUUCCUUGUUGCCUUUUGUUUUGGAUUGAUCUUACCGGAUGGUCCUCCUUUAGGUUCUGUUCUCGCAGAAAGGCUUGACAUUGUUGGUUCUACUUUGAUAGUACCAUCUUAUUGUACCAUUACUGGCCUUAAAACCAGUGCUUCUUCAUUACUAAAAUCCAACUCAAUAACCGUAGAAGUUAUCUUAAUUUCGAUGUAUGUAGGGAAGUUCGUGGGCACCAUGUUACCCUCACUUCACUAUCAAAUUGAAUUCUGGGAUUCUUUUGCAUUGGCUCUGAUCAUGUGUUGCAAAGGCCUCGUGGAUCUCUGCAUGCUCAACCUAUUAUUCAAUUCCAAGGCAAUAGGAGAAUUAUCUUUCACCCUUGCUAUAUUUACAAUGGUGGCCGUUACUGGGUUUGCAACUGUAGUUGUUUAUCACAUAUACGAUCCUUCAAGAAAGUAUAAAUCCUAUAUUAGAAAAACAAUUAGGAAUGCUCAGCAGGAAUCUGAUCUCAAAAUACUUGCAUGUAUCCAUAAUGAAGAAAACGUAUAUCCAAUUAUUAACCUUUUGCAAGCCACUAACCCCACAGAGUCUACACCCAUCUCGGUCUUUAUCCUUUACCUUGUGGAGCUUUCAGGUAGUCUAAUUCCCUCUCUCUUAAAAAAUGAAAAUGCUAAGAAAUCAUCUCAACAGAUAAACAACGUCUUUGAUCAAUUUUAUAAGCACAACAAUGGGGACGUCAGGUUGCAUAGCUUUACUGCAAACACCCCGUUUGCAAGCAUGCACGAUGAUGUCUGCAACCUUGCAAUGGACUCCAUGUCUAACAUUGUGAUUAUGCCAUUUCAUAAGCAAUGGUCUGUUAAUGAAAAUAUGGAGUACUCGAAUUCUUCAAUUAGGAUACUAAACCAAAAUGUUCUAAAAUAUGCUCCUUGCUCAGUUGGAAUCUUCAUAGAACGGAUUCAGAUGAGUGACAAACUAACAGUGAUAUAUAACAAGUUAAUUUGCAAUAUUGCCAUGGUCUUCUUAGGUGGAGCUGAUGACCAAGAGGCAUUGGCUUAUAGUUUGCGUGUAGCUCAACAUCCAAAUGUGAGACUAUCAGUGUUUUGGGUACGGGUUAAAAUUGUAGGCAGUCAUAGGAAAACAAAGAACCCUUACGUUGACUUGAUGGAGCAUAUACGUUAUAGUAGUUCCCUUGAGGGAAAAGUGACCUUCAAUGAAGAGACUGUGGAAGAUGGGGCAGGAACAACAGAGUUUAUUCGAAGGAUAGAGCCACUUUUUGGUUUGGUCAUUGUUGGUAAGCAUCAUUUAGAAGACUCUCCAUGUACACUAGGAUUGACAGAAUGGUGUGAACUUCCUGAGCUUGGUCCACUCGGAAACCUCUUAGCCGCAUCAGACUUUACAUGUUCAGUUUUGGUUAUACAAGAGCAACCAUCCUUUCUCUGUGUAUUUAGGUGA